GAGGAACUGAGUAAAACUGGGAAAAGAGAAACGACAUCAAGCUCCAGAUAAUGAAGAACUGAUCCUCUCAGGCCGACGAGAACCCAACUGAAAGAUCUACAAGAGAUCCUGUGAACCAAUAACUUCCGUGAACAAACUGCAUUCAUUUGCACUUUUCUGUGUUGAAUGUCGUCUGCAACACUUUUUAUGAAUUAAAUCUCAGGUCUCAGUGAGUCUCCUGCAGGUGUGCCAUGGACCCCCGCUGUGAGGACUGGAUGUCGGGUCUCCCGGAGCCGCUGUGGGACGUCCCCCUCACCGACCUGGCCAUCCCUGGAAGCCACGACGCCAUGAGCUACUGUCUGGACAUCAACUCUCCUCUGCUCCCGUCUGAAUCCGACACCUUCAGGCUCCUGGACAGACUCUUCUACUGUUUCACCAGACCGGCCAUCUUUAAAUGGGCCACAACACAGGACAAAAGCAUCGAGGAGCAGCUCUCGAUGGGGAUUCGGUUCUUCGAUCUGCGUGUUGCACACAAACCCAGAGACCCCUCCAGCGACCUGUACUUCACACACGUCAUAUACACACAUUUAACCGUUUUGGAAACUCUGUCGUCUGUUGCCGUCUGGCUGAAGUCUCAUCCCAAGGAGGUCGUUAUUCUGGCCUGCAGCCAUUUUGAGGGAAUCGACGACAAACUCCACCAGCUGUUCAUUUUCUCCCUGAAGAAGAUGUUCGGAUCAAAACUCUGUCCCCGGAAGGAACCCGUCCUGACCCUGCGGAGCCUCUGGGCGUCUGGUUACCAGGUCCUCCUGUCCUACGAGUCUCAGGUCGCAGCCAGACAUCCGGAGCUGUGGCCCCCCAUCCCGUACUGGUGGGCCAACCAGCGCACGGCACUGGGAGUCACCAGCUACCUGGACUGGAACAAAGACCUGGGACGUCCAGAGGGCUUCUUCGUCUCCGGUCUGAACCUGACAGCCGACAGGUUUUACAUCACGGAGAACCCGAAGGAGUCUCUGAGGACGCUGACCUUCAGUAACUGGGAGGGUUUGAGGACGUGGCUGGAGGAGCAGGAACCAGGAUCAGACUCCAAGAGCCUGAACAUCAUCGCAGGAGACUUUGUGGGUCCACUUCCUCUCUGCUCUCUGGUCAUCGCACUGAACCAGAAACUACUACGGAGGAACACCGUCAAAUGUUAAAUACCAC